AUGUUCCUCACAUGGAACUGGCAGACUGGGGCAGUCAUCUGUGGUCUACUAGGCGUUGCUGUUUAUUCCUAUCGUUCUCGUAUAUCUAAAUUCCGUCAGCUGCCCCUACCUCCUGGUCCACCGGACCCUCCUCUUGUGGAGUAUCCACCCAGGAAAAUCGCUCAGUGGAUAGCAGAAUAUGGACCAGUCAUAUCUCUCAAUGAUGGAGAAAACGUACUAGUCAUCGUCGGACGUCACGAGGAAGCGCUUGAUAUCAUGGAGAAGCAAGGCGCAUGCGUCGCAGACCGUCCUCGUUCAGUCGCUGGCGGUGACAUACUUGGUGGAGGAAUGCGAUUCGUCCAACUUCGCUAUGGAGAAAGGUUCCGCAAAUUUCGCAAAAUCACGCAUUCGCACCUCCAAGUGAAGACUGCUCAGACUUACGAGCCGAUACAGUUCGCGCAUGCACGUGAGGUUAUUCAAGACAUACUGGACGAGCCCAAAUUGCACCAGCAACAUAUCAAGCGUUAUGUAGCAGCUGUAAUUAUGCAUGUCGUCUAUGGGAAAACAACCCGUACAUCACUUGAUGACCCAUAUCUACUGCGGCUGCAAAGGAUGGUCCCAAGGAUUCAGAGUGCGAUGGCACCAGGCGCGUACCUCGUUGACAAGUACCCCAUCCUCAAAUAUGUCCCUGGUUAUGGGCGAGAUUUGAAGGCAUGGGGACGGGAAGAAUACGAUAUGUUAUAUGGCCAGUUCAAGUGGGUUAAAAGUCAAGUGGAAAGCAACAUUGCGCCCCCCUCAGUUACAAAGGAUUUCCUCCUAAACGAAGAAAACAAAUUGUCUGACGCAGAGAUGACAUAUAUUUCUGGGUCCCUUACUGCUGUCGGGACUUCAACGGUGUUAAUGGCUGCUGCACGUUUCCCAGAAGCACAAGCUCGCGUACACGAGGAGCUGGAUACUGUGGUUGGCAGGGAGACCCCUCCCACUUUCGAGGACUGGUCGCAGCUUGUUCAGGUUCAAGCCUUCAUUCUGGAAGCUCUUCGAUGGAGGCCUAUCAACCCAACAGGAUUCCCGCAUCGCGCAACACAAGAUAUAAUUUGGAACGGCGUGUGCAUCCCUGCUGGCGCCAUCGUUCGUGGAAGUAAUUGGUGCAUCGGGCGUGACCCCGCUGUCUUUCUCGAUCCCGAAGUAUUCAAUCCACAACGAUGGAUCGGUGAAGACGGAGAAAUCAGAGAGGACAUGAAGAUAUUCACUUUUGGUUUUGGAAGACGUGCAUGCCCGGGGGUGCAUAUCGCUAGACGAUCAGUGUUCAUCGCUGUCGCUCUUAUGUUCUGGUCCUUCACGGUGGCAGAAGACCCUGACAAACCCAUUGACGACACUGCUUUCACCCCUGGUGUGGUAUCACACCAGAUGCCUUUCAGCUUGGUGUUCAAGCCCCGCAUUGAUGAAGCAUUUUUGAGAAGCACUUUCUGUUAGACGGCAUAUAUGAUAUAUAAUGCUCUCGCUUUGCGUGGCUGUCGGUACAGCGAUCUUGGUAUCUUUAUGUAACUUUUAGGUUCGUUAUAGUUUCUCUUGUUAGCCAUAUUUCCUGCUCUGCAUCAUACGCCUGCUGUAUAAAUAUUUAGAAUAAC